AUGUCACUACCACCGAGCUCACCCCGGCUCCCCAGCCCGCCGCCCCCGGCUGAGAUCCAACUCGGCCCUCAGUCGCCAUUGAUGGGCCCCAAUGCUUCGCGACAGUCAUCCCAGAUCGAGCAAACCGCCAUCAACACCAAUGCCAAGCGGCGCAUCCACCCAGGCACCAAGGCGGCCGACAUGGCUGCCGGGCCUCCUCUCGUGCCAUUGCAGGAGCUCGACUCGGCCUUCCAGCUCCAGGAGCAUCUGGCCGCCCUACACGACUUCCACACCUCGGGCCGCACCAUCCCCAUAACCCGCGACAUUGCGAAGCUUUUGGCCACCCCGCCCCCCGGGAUCGACAAGACCCUCUGGCUGUUCGAGCUCUGCCGCUUCCUGAUCGCCCAGUGCAACACCCUGAUCAUUGGCUUCCUCUUCGACAACCCACCAUGCAGUGCCGCCACCUGCCCCGAAAUGCGCGCAGGUGAGUGGCAGUUCCUGUGCGCCGUACACGACGCCCCCAAGAGCUGCUGCGCCAUCGACUACUGCUGUCACACCCUCGAUUGGGCCACCAACGUCGUGACCAACCCCAAGAUCUUCCCGAGCCGCUUCGUCGUCGAUGCCCACGACAAGAACACCGCCCUCAAGAACCUCGUCAAUGUCUUCCGCCGCCUGCACCGCGUCUUCGCCCAUGCCUGGUUCCAGCAUCGUGGCGUGUUUUGGUCUGUGGAGGGUCAGAGCGGUCUCUACCUCUUCUUCAAAUCUGUGUGCGACGCCUACGACCUCCUACCUGCCGAAAACUACAAGCUGCCACCCGAGGCGGAAGGCCUGGAUAGCAACGCCGGUACCGGUGGCGAUCUGAACAACGAUAGAAACGACAGACGGCAACCACAGCACCAACAGCAAACACUCGCCCCGAUCUCUAUCGCCAAGCCCCCCGGUGCCCAACACGAUAACGACGAUGGGGAUUUCUCGGGUCCCAGCAGGACCAACACUCGGAGACACAUCAAGAGUAGCCCGUCCACCGGCAGCGCCGUCACCACCGUGCCCGAAGCCGACGAAGACGACAGCGACCUGUCCCACCGCCUGCGCGGUAUGCGCUUAUCCGCCCCACGCGCCAUCACCGAAGAGGAGACGAACUCCCCGAGCAGCAGCAAUAUCCCCGUGAUUGUGGAACACAGGGCCGUUGAAGCCUCGGAGCAACCUAUCCGGCCGUCCAGCGUGAUCCCCCCACCCGGGCCGGGCGAAAGCGCGGCAGGGGAGGAAGCCCAGCCAGCAUUAAACUCGCCUGUUGAAACCCCUGCGACUGCGACUGCGACGGUGCCAGAACACGAGUUCGCUGCUGAACCCGAGGCGCCAAACCCACCUGCCCCUGAAACGGAGACGAAGAUGGAGACAGGGGAGGAACCAGCAACCGAGACAGAACCCGAAUCGGAAUCAGACACCACACAAAUUCUAGACCCAACCUCCGAAGACCAAGAUGACCCUGUGGAGGAGUCCGCCCAGAAAGAUACCCCCUCAGAACUAUCCGAUCCCGAACCGGUAUCGGCACCAUCCGCUGAACCCACGGAGGCCUCAACAAACCCAAGCGAGAACGCGGACGAGGACACAACAACCACCACAUCAGCCAAUGAAGAAGAAACCCCUGAGACAGAGACAGAGGCAGCGGCAGCGGCAGAGGAAACGAUAGAAACAGAGUCCGUCGCCGAUUCCGAGGCUGAGACCGAGGGAAACGCCGAGGUCAAAAAUGAGGAUGACGAUGGUGGUGAUAAUGAGGACGAUGAGAAAAAAGAAGAGGAGGAGAGUGACAAGGCAGGGAAAGCGACGGCCGAGGAUAAGGAGAAGGAGAAGGAGACGAAAGCCGAUUAG